UGUAUUAGUGUGUGUAAACGUCAGAUUUCCAAGAAAUUCGCCUGGCCGCCGGAGCCUCGGUGCCUGGAUUUGGAAACCGUUCGAUACAGGUGUAAUUCAGUUCCCAGUAGCUAUGAACCCACCUCUUUUCGGGUGUAUAAUACAGAUAGAUAUAUUAUAAAAAUAUAUUCAGUGUUAUAAACUAAAAAUACGAUAUCUUUAGAUAUUUUUCCUUAUCGCACGAAGAAGUUUUUUUUCUUGACUAUUGUAAUCUGUAUUCUCGGAAUCGUGAACUACGCAUAUUGAAUAAGAGUUCACCAUGUCGCUUUGGGCGAGAGCUCAGCAGCUGCCCCAAGAGAGCUUGCAGCAGGUACGUGCCAUCUAUGGGGAUCAUUUCCCUAUAGAAGUUCGUCAUUGUCUCGCAUCCUGGAUAGAGAGUAGAAUAUGGACCACGGAGCCGGAAGAGCAGCAGAGAUACUUCGUGGAGGAGUUGGUCCAAGAGAUCCAGACCAAUGCUGACUUGAUGUUAUCUCCGGAGAUGUUUGUCACUCAGAUGAAGUUAAAGGAAGCUGCUAAUAACUUCAGAGUGCAGUACAGUCAUGAACCGCACAAGCUAUACGCUUACCUGCGUCGUUGCUUGGCUUUGGAAAUGGAAGUAAUACAAAACGCAAUGGGAACACCUUAUGUUGCUCAACCUCAUACUGAGAGGAAAUAUAGUGAGCUAAUAACCGGUCUUCAAAACGUAAGACAAAAAGUCAGUAUGGUUGGUGAAGAGAUCAGAUCACUUCAGGCUAAUAUUGAAUCUUUCUCACUUCAAUAUCACGAAUGCUUGAAGAAUAAAGGUCAUAUAAAUUACCUGCAGCAGUCAGGACCUAUCACUGCAGAACGCAGAGAGCUGGAAGCUCAUCUCCGUGUCCAGAUCGAGGAUAUGGAGAGGAAGCUUAAUGCACUGGUAGCACAAAUAAAUCAGUCUCAAAUGGAGUUGGUGGAUCGUAUGAAAGAUAAUAUAGCUAACUUACGUCAGCUUCAGAGUCAAGUUUUGGAUGAGGAGUUGAUUAAAUGGAAACGCGAACAGCAACUAAGCGGCAACGGUGUACCGAUGCAAUCAAAUCUGAACACUAUACAAGAAUGGUGUGAACUUCUCGCAGAUCUGAUCUGGACGAGUCGCCAGCAAGUCAACAAUGUCGCUAGAAUCAACAGCAAGACUAUUGUUGAACUACGACAACCACAUCUCGUUGAAAUGCUUGAUGAUAUGAGCAAACAGGUGACCAGCUUACUGUCUACCCUCGUGACUUCAACCUUCGUUAUAGAGAAACAACCGCCUCAAGUUAUGAAGACCAACACUCGUUUUACAGCAACUGUCCGUUUGCUUGUCGGUGGACAAUUAAAUGUUCAUAUGACUCCACCAAGAGUUACGGUGGUAAUAAUAUCAGAGCAACAAGCUCAGUUGUUGCUAAAAAGUGAUACCCAAGGUGGUAGAGGAAAGCAACCGGUUGAAUGUGGAGAUAUCCUCAAUAAUAGUGGAUGUAUGGAGUACCAGCAUACCAGCAGGCAGCUCAGUGUCAGCUUCAGGAACAUGCAACUGCGUAAAAUAAAACGCGCAGAAAAGAAAGGCACCGAGAGUGUGAUGGAUGAAAAAUUAACUUUACUCUUCCAAUCGGAGUUCAAUGUCGGGGGAGGAGAACUCGUCUUCCAGGUAUGGACACUGUCACUGCCCGUGGUUGUGAUUGUCCACGGCAACCAGGAGCCCCACGGCUGGGCAACUGUCACCUGGGACAAUGCCUUCAGUCCACCAGGACGUGUGCCAUUUGCUGUACCUGAUAAGGUGACAUGGGGUCAGCUGGCUGAGACUCUUCGCAUCAAAUUCGGAUCAGCCACUGGUGGAGAUCUCUCUGAAGACAAUCUGCGCUUCCUUGCUGAGAAGAUAUUUAGUCUUCCAUACAGGAGUGUUCUGCCGAUCUCCACGAUGGAACUGAACGCGAUGGCCGUCAGCUGGACCCAGUUUUGCAAGGAUGCGCUGCCUGAGAGGAAUUUCACAUUCUGGGAAUGGUUCUACAUGGUCGUCAAAGUCACUAGAGAUUAUCUGCGCACUCUCUGGUGUGAUAGAUUGAUUAUGGGUUUCAUACAGAAGAAACAGGCUGAGGAGAUGUUGGCCAAGUGUCCUCCGGGCACUUUCCUCCUACGUUUCUCCGACUCUGAACUGGGAGGGAUCACUAUCGCUUGGACUGGAGAAGGUAACGAGGUGUUCAGCCUGCAGCCGUUCACCUCUCGUGACCUGAUGCUGCGCUCUCUGGCAGACCGCAUCCUGGAUCUCGCCCAGCUGCAGUUCCUCUAUCCCAACGUGGCUAAAGAUGAUGUCUUCUCAAAGUAUUAUACUAAACCUGAGAACGAGAUGCUGAAGAACGGUUACGUGAAGCCAGUGCUGGUGACCACUUUGCCGCCGUACAUGUCGCCAUCGCCCGCGUACGCGCACUCGCAUUCACCUGACUCUCAUCGUAACACUCCCAGCGUUCAGAGCAGUUACUUCAGCGCAGCUACUCCAGCUCAAACAGAGAGUAGCUUUAUGGAUAGCGAAUUAUUUGAACAAAUACGAGCCUUCGAACCAGACGGACUUGACGACUUUGAUUUCUAUAAUGGGAAUAUGAGCAUGAAAUAAGGUGUCAACACGGAAUUUACCAGUAGUUGUGAGUUGGUGGUUAUUUUAUGACAAAAGUUUCGAGUCAAUUUUUUAAAUAGCUUAUACAUAGCACCGUGCCAUAGAUUCAAAAUCAAAAUAUAUUAUGUAUAUGAAAAUAUGUAAUUAUUGAAUGCAGUCACUUAAAUUAGAAUUUGUAUGUAAUUUUUAAGAAAUUAAUAUCCUUUUAAAAUUAUGAUAUAUAUAAAAGCAAGUUUUUUUUUUUAAAUAUAUAUAUAUAUGUAUUUAUAAUUUUUUAAAGUUCCAAAUGCACUUGAAUACUCAAGCACAAGAAACACUUUUUAUCUAUAAGUUACGCGAAUGUCAAAAUUGCCGCCAUUUUCAACCAAUCGGUGAUCAUUGUACGAUUUUUUUUUUUGGUAUACUUUGAUUUAUUUGACUAAUGUAGUAGAAAUUACUACUUUUUUAUUCAAAUAUUAUUUUAAAUAGAAUUAAAAUUAUAAACAAAUUUAACAACACUAUAGAUGGUGUCACAGACUAUAGUUUUUUUUUGCUUUAUUACGUUUUAAAUAACACGUUGAACGCCACCCGUAUUUCUAAGACAGUCCCGUUCAGGCCACGAGCGCCGCUAAUACGCACUGGUAUUAUAGGGCCGGUGUUUCCGAUCGCAGUACAAAAUGGUUUACAUUUUUAACGUUAUACCUAUUGGCUUUGUUUCAACACGUCUGUUUUGUUUUUCUUAUCGCUUAACGCACUUAGAUAAAAUUAAUUUUAUAGUUCUCAUGUAAACGGAAAAUCUAGUGUCAGCCAUCGAUGGCUGACGUUGCGUUCAACGUGUUAAAAAAUGUUUCCCGUUGGGCCGAUCGCUAUGACAAUCGUCACAUUUGGUAUUUUAUAGCCGAUUGGGCGGAUUUUGUUUUCAUUUUAAUAAUAUCAGAUUAAAAACGUCAAUCAUUUUUUAUUUAUGUCGUCAAAAGACAAGUUUGGUGCACAUUUUUAUUUGAUACGUGUUGCAAUUAUUUUGUUUUGAUUUUAUUAUCGCAUUUUAUUUUAUAUUUGACAGUUUUUUUUACCAUAGAUUUUAUUGACGUAUAAAGUAGUCUUUAUACCAAAAUUAUUUCUAAUCAAUUAAUUUAAUUAUUAUUUAGUUUUUUUUUUAUGUAACUAUAACUAAAUAAGAGAAUUCAGUAAGUCCAGUAAUAGACAAGUUUAAGCUUGGUUAAAAAUAUAAACAAAAAAUAUGUUAUUUACUCGUAAUUACGUAUUUUUUUUUGUUAGUAAUGUUAAAGUAAUAUACCUAAAUACGUUUUUUUUUUCGUUAAUAAUAAUUAUAUUUCUUUUGACUUAAGCAAUUUUCUUC